ACAAAGCAGUCGGGUCGGAAUUGGACUUGGGGAGCGCCGUGUGGAGUCAGGCAGAAAACUUGUUGGAGGAGAGGAACGAGCCUGCUCCUCUAGCUCUCCUCGUCUGCGCGGCGCUUCAGGGGUUCCCACCAGCCUUGCGAUUUAUUUUUAUAUCUGCUUUUUAUAUAUAGAGAAAAAAUAUAUAUUUUUCCCCUCUUAAGUGAAAAUUCCUGUUUCAAGAGAAAAUAAGGCAAGAUCAAUGAAGGAGAGAAGAGCCAGCCAGAAAUUAUCCAGUAAAUCUAUCAUGGAUCCUAAUCAGAACGUGAAAUGCAAGAUAGUCGUGGUGGGAGACAGCCAGUGUGGGAAAACCGCGCUGCUGCACGUCUUCGCCAAAGACUGCUUCCCCGAGAAUUACGUCCCUACGGUGUUUGAGAAUUACACGGCCAGUUUUGAAAUCGACACACAAAGAAUAGAGUUGAGCCUGUGGGACACUUCGGGUUCUCCUUACUAUGACAACGUCCGGCCUCUCUCUUACCCAGAUUCAGAUGCUGUGCUGAUUUGCUUUGACAUCAGUAGACCAGAGACUCUGGACAGUGUCCUAAAGAAGUGGAAAGGUGAAAUCCAGGAGUUUUGUCCCAAUACGAAAAUGCUCUUGGUCGGCUGCAAAUCUGAUCUUCGGACAGAUGUCACCACGUUGGUAGAGCUCUCAAACCACAGGCAGACACCAGUGUCCUAUGACCAGGGGGCAAAUAUGGCCAAACAGAUCGGAGCAGCUACUUACAUCGAAUGCUCAGCUUUACAGUCAGAAAACAGCGUCAGAGACAUUUUUCACGUGGCCACCUUGGCGUGUGUAAACAAGACAAACAAACACGUUAAGCGAAACAAAUCGCAGAGGGCGACAAAGCGGAUUUCACACAUGCCCAGCAGACCGGAGCUCGCGGCAGUGGCUACGGACUUACGAAAGGACAAAGCCAAGAGUUGCACUGUGAUGUGACUCUCUGGUUAUCUUUAAUGAGGACAAGGAAAUCUAGUGUAAAAAAACACCACCAACAAAACAAAAAGGUGAAGUCCGAACACAGUGCACAGCCAAAGUCACGUAUUCUGGAGGCUUACGAGGCAUUUAGAAGGAGGCUCAUCUUUUUGGAAUCCUGUCCUUAGGUUCGGCAUGUAGAACAAGUGGUGAGAAGUGAGUUCCUUGAAGAGUUUUGAAGUGUGACUUGAAAAUAUGCCAAAACAGAGAGAUUCAGAUGGGCUAAAGGUUGAGGAGGAGGAAUGCGAGUACCUCCAGGAAGAAACACCACGCUCUGAAUGGUGCUUGCGUUUUUGUUUUCUUUGUUACAAUCUAUUCAUGGAUCUCUACUUUGAUUUAAUUUUUAAGUGUUUUAAUCUCCUUCACAAAAAGUAUAUAUUAAUAUACUGUCCUCAUGGGGGAACUGGCACUGUGACCUUAGCGUUUAGUUUUCUGGAGGAUGUGAUCUAAUUUCCUCCUAGCUUAUCAUUAAAAUGGAAAUUGUAUCAGGACCCAUGGGAAAUCCAGAGGAAAAGUUGGUGAGGCUUUGAAAUCUUGCCGUCCUGAAGAUAGCUGAGCGAGAUGGUUCUCAAGAAAGGCUUUUGCAGUCUUGCAGGAUAUGCAGACCAGCACUACCAAGAUCGAAUAGGUCAACUAGAAAAAAAGUGUCGAUUUUUAUUCAGUCUGAUGAUUCUGUUCAUCCUAGUGAUUGUCAUUAAAAAGUGGUAAAUUGCUCAAUGUGAUAUUUUGUGUGCUGUUUAGAAAAGAGGGUGUGUGAUUUUUUUUUUUUUUUUUGCCAUCGUUGAUAAAAAUGCAAAGUCAAAUAAAAGGUGUCUUGGUGUGACGUCAUAGAAUGAUCCAAGGGGGAAAAAUGUAGGUACUAUUUUCACCUGAAGAGGUAACAGAUGAAGGAUAAUAGCGGAAAGCACAGUUUGUGAGUUAAGCCGUCUGGAAUUAAGAUACCAAAAGUACAAAGCAAAAGGCCUAUUUUGGGAUGUUGGCAGCAUCGGAUCAUCAGUUGGUUUAUUUCACUUUCAAUGAACAUGAUAAAGAAGGACCCUCUGAUCCAAGUUUUCGAGAAUCCUUAGAGGAAAAUUAUGUAAUGUCCAUCCUGACACUAGCCUAGGGCACUUCUAGAGAGUGAUUGCUAAACCUCACUUAACCGGAUUCCGCCAAGGCCCGUGAUUGAUACGUGAUCACUAUCGUUACAUAAAAUAGUCAGCAUUUAAAAUAGUUUACAGAUAUUUUUUGACCAGUUACUUUUAGAGCUUCUUUCAGAGAAGAAACCAGAUCUGACCUUUUUAUUGUCGGUGCUUGUUGAAAACAAGCUUUCUUUCCAGUGAUAAGCUUCAUUUUUGAAGUGUUGAAGCUGUGCUCCCAUUCAGUUGUGGCAGGAGAGGAGAUUAAGGUAAUUACAACACUCAGUCUGUGUCUUACAAGCACUUUGUUUUGUCUCUGCAAGAAAAUACCAUUCCAGUCAUUUCCCACGAAGUACAGACGUUUUACCGACAUGCUCUGCUUUGGUUGAUGCAGCAUAAUGCUUUGGGCAGUAUUACGAAACAGCUGGCAAGUGCUUUCUGUAUUUAAAUAUUGUAAAAAGAAAAUAAGUUAUAACUGUUAUAAAGCAGAACUUUCGUUGCAGUUUUUUAAAUGUUGAAGUCACUUUGUAUGUUUGUUUGGUCAAUGUUUCUUCAGUAUUUAUUGAAACAUACUUUUUUUUUCUUCAAAUAAAAAGUAACCAUGUCUUUGUC